AUGGUGGACUACUACGAAGCGCUGGGGGUGAGCCGCAAUGCCACCGCCGAGGACAUCAAGAAGGCGUACAGGAAGGCCGCGCUGAAAUGGCACCCGGAUAAAAACCCAGACAACAAGGAGUAUGCCGAGCAGAGGUUCAAGGAGAUCGCCGAAGCGUACGAAGUGCUGUCGGACAAGCAGAAACGCGAUGUCUAUGACCGUUAUGGCAAGGAUGGACUCAUGGGGGCAGGACCGGGGGGUUCCAGGGCCGAUGCCGGGGCCCCUGAAUUCACCUUCACCUUCCGCAGCGCUCAUGAUGUCUUCCGGGAGUUCUUCGGUGGGCGAGACCCCUUCGCUGACUUCUUUGAUGAGAUGCUGCCCUUCUCCGAGCUGCGAGGACCUGGUCCACGGCACCACAGGGGAGGCCACUUCUUUUCCCCCUUCCCAGGAUCCUCAGGUAGGAGCCGCUGCCAGCCCCUGCCCAGCGGGGGAGUCCCGGGACACUGCCUCCCCCUGCUCAGGGUCUCUGCCUGGCCCUUGACAGUCCAUCCACCUGUCUGUCUGUCUGUCUGUCUGUGCAGGAUUAUCGAGAAUGGGCGGGAGCGGGUGGAAGUGGAGGAGGACGGGGAGCUGAAGUCGAUCCACAUCGAUGGUGUCCCCGACGACAUGGCGCUGGGGCUGGAGUUGAGCCGGCGGGAGCAGGAAGCC